AUGUCCGCUGUGGAGGCCGAGGUGUUAAGGAAAGUGACUGAGAAAAUCGAUCUGAUUGAGCCCACCACCGGAAAAUUGUUUUUCGAGCACAAAGCAGAGCUGGUCUUCUGCCGGCCGCACCUGAUGCCGCUGAAGACGCAGGCGCUGGAACGUCUCGAGGAAAUGCAUCGCGAAACUGCGCGCCAACUGCAAAAAAAACGCAGCACCAUCAGCAGCCAAAAAAAAGUCAGCGAGCCCGCAGGCUCGCAAUGAAUUAGUCACAGGAGGAGAGGACUUCAGUCAUAAAGCACAUACACUUCAAGCACAACAGCACUCGCACCCACUCGAAACUUUGAUUCAGUUUGUGAUCAAAUAAUGGCAAACUUGCUGACCUUUGGCAUUGUCGCCGCCCUCUUCCUGGCCAGCAUCUCGUUGUACCGGUAUG